AUGCCUGGCUAUUUCCCCAAGGGGAGGGGAUGGCCGAAAAUCGCUAAAUCUACGCCUGGUUUGAUUCGUGCCACGGUUUACAAGCACUUGCAUCGGUAUAUGCCCGCUAUGAACCAGGCAAUCAUCUCGCAGCUGCAGACCCUAGACUUCAAAGAUGGGGAAUGUAAAAUUGGCUGUUUUGAUCUGGCAUACUCGAUCGUAGCCCGCAGUGGCAGUUUUGCUCUCGUUGGUUCGCGGCUUUCUCAGAAUGAGGAAUAUCUUAAAGCCGCCAAGGACCACAUCCUUGGGAUGAUAGUAACCACCCGUGUACAAUUUCUUGUUCCGGAUUGCUUGAAACCUUACAUUGGUGGGCUCAUCGGUCGCCUCGCCACUCUUGGGACUAGUUGGGAUAUGCACGCCUCGCGUAAGAUUAUGCUCAGGCACUUUGAUGCACGUGCAGCAGAGUAUCACGCCAAGAUAUUCACGGGCAACGGAUCCAGUGAGACUAAUCUCAAUGGCACGGACAAUCCGGUUGAGAUCUUCCAGUGGCUGUAUGAGAGCAGUGUUCUUCGGGAGCGAUGGACAUAUGCAGAGGUGAUAGGUGAAAUGUUGCUUCUGCAGUUUGCCUUUAUAUACACCACGUCGUAUGGACUCUACGGCGCCCUGGUCGAGCUAGCUCGACGACCCGAGUAUAUUUCACCCCUGCGUGAGGAAAUUGAUCUGAUUUUCUCUGAAAUGGGACCGACCGUUCCAGCCUGUGAUGGCAUGGUUUUGAUGGAUAGCUUCCUGAAGGAGUGCCAACGACUAAAUCCCCCUUCAGCACUCUCUGCUCAUCGGGUUUGUAUUAGUGACCUCAAGCUCUCCAACGGUAUCACACUCAAGCAGGGCUCCCACGUUGCUGUCCCAAGCGGAGUUAUCCAACGAUCCAGCGAGCACUAUGCGAACCCCGACGCGUUCGACGGUUUCCGGUUCGUCAAGCGUGCAGCAGCUGGAGCCAAGAACUCCCGGCUGGUCGACCUGAGCCCUGACUAUUUGGUUUUUGGAAUGGGCGCACAUGCCUGCCCUGGACGAUGGAUGGCUAGCGCGCUGAUGAAGCUCGUCUUCGCGCAUAUUCUGGUUCAGUAUGAUAUACUCCUGCCUAAUUCAGCCUCCGCCCCCUUGACUGGCUCCCUUUCAUUCGAGGAGUUUUAUGUGCCCAACUUUGGGCUGAAGAUUGCUCUGCGCCAGCGCUAG